AUGGAUAUUCAAAAAGAAGCUUCUGCAUCAGCUCCAAUUAUAGAGACUACAACAACACCUUCUGGGUUAACUAUCAUUCGCCUGAAACGAAAGCGAAAUGAGGAACCUUUAGACGCGCUUGUUGUCCAACACUUUGAAAAUGGACAUAGUCCUGAGAAAAAGAAAGUUAGGCGUAAAGCUAGUAAUCUGAAAAUUGAAGAAGUCAAAGAAAAUCGGAAGAUAAAAGAAAAAGGAGAAACCAAAGAGUCUGUACCGUUUAUAUUUCGAUUCGCGGAAACGGUUGAUGAGAUUAGCUUCAAUGAUUCGAAUAAAACACAGCAAUUGAAAGAUCGUAUAGUGAAACUUAUGAAUCGUAAAGAUACCUUAAAACGUAAAGGAAUUGAUAUUAAACAAAUUCGGGAGCAAAAAAUUGCCCGAACUAAUGAAAAUAGACGAGAAGAAAGAUAUAAAGUUAUUGAUAGGAAUAGACAAAAAAAUGGCUCAUUUACUAAUAUCUCGAGUGAUGAUGUGGAAGAUGAAGAUGAGACUUUUACAGAAUUAUUUAAAAUGUACGAUGCAGUCAAGGAAAGUGAAGCACCUAUGGAACCAAAAUUUGUUGAAGAAGAUGAUAUUGAUUCUGAAAUCAUGUGCAAUUUUAUUCCAAUGGUGCGACAAUACCUUUCACUUCAAGAACAAAUAGAUAAAGAAGAUAAAACCGAUUUGGAUGAUGGUUAUGUUUAUGAUGUAUAUUAUCGAGACGAUGCUAUGGAUUUAGAUGAUCAAAUUAAUUUUAAUAACAUCGCUUCAUUAACUUGGAUUAAUGAUGAUGAAAACGAAAUAUUUGUUAAUGAAUCAGAUGAUAAAGAUGAUUUCGUUUACUCCGAUGAAGAAGAUUCUAAUGCUGAGGAUUAUUAUACUCAUGAUUAUCCUGAUGAAGACGAAGAUGAAAUUUGGAAUAUACAAGAAGAAACUUCAUAUGAAAGUGAUUCUUAUUUUUAAUCGUUAGUUAAAUAAACAAUCUCUUAUUAUGGAUUAUUACAUUUCUAAAUGUUUAAAGAAAAAAUCGUUUUAGAAACUAUAGAAAGUGGAAAAUUUUUGGUAAGAUACGUAUAUAAAUAAACUGUACUAUUAACAA